GACGACUGAGGGGAAACUUUGAGCGGCAGGAGAGCGCUUCAGCUGGAGACAUCUCGGCCAUAUCCAACCAAGGGAUUUUGCCAAAGGUUUGAGGUUCCAGGACCGCUGCCAUGCUGUCCUUGGAUGAGCCGCUCGACCUGAAGCUCCCACGAGGGCGCAUCAAUGGAAGGGACAGAGGGUCCAGGUCACCCCCCACCCUCACUCCGUCCCCCCUGCACGCCAAGAGGGCACGACAGCUCCGCAUGGCGGACGACGGCACGGCGGUCAUCGUUCCGGCCUCCCCUGCCUCCCCACAUACAGGCGUUCCGGUGGUACCCCAGGAAAAACCCGAGCCCCCUACACCCCCCGCAGUUGACCUCAGCAUGUCCCCCUCCUCCCGCCACGCCCCUUGUUCUCCGGAACUCUCCAAUGGCAACGGAACGUCACACAUUUUCUCUGGGGAAACUGGCCAUAUUCGUUAUGUGGAAGGGGGAGCGUCAUCUCAAGCCUUCCAGUUUUUUGUGCCGAUUGGAGGUGGGGGCGGGCUUCACUUGCCAUCCACCAUGUUCAUUGGCCCACCCAAGGACAAACGCGCCUCUCCUGAUCUCUCAGCGGAUGAACAGCUGGCCUGUCGCUGGAGGAAGUGCCACCUGCUGUUCGACUCACUGCAGGACCUUGUGGACCAUGUCAACGACUUCCAUGUCAAGCCUGAAAAGGAUUCUGGGUACUGUUGCCACUGGGAAGGGUGUGCGCGAAAAGGGCGGGGUUUCAAUGCCAGGUACAAGAUGUUGAUUCACAUCCGCACUCACACUAAUGAGAAGCCCCACCGCUGUCCCACCUGCAACAAGAGCUUCUCACGCCUGGAGAACCUCAAAAUCCACAACCGCUCACACACAGGAGAGAAGCCCUACAUUUGUCCUUACGAAGGCUGUAACAAACGCUACUCCAACUCCAGUGACCGCUUCAAGCACACACGCACACACUACGUGGACAAGCCUUACUACUGCAAGAUGGUGGGCUGCUUGAAGCGUUACACAGACCCUAGCUCCUUACGAAAGCACAUCAAGGCCCACGGGCACUUUGUGGCCCAGGAGCCGCCAGCUGCAGGUGGGGUUGGCUCCCUCCUAAAGUCAGGUCAGAUUACGGGCAUGAGCGGAUCUGUUGGAGCGGGAAAAGAAUCAGAGCUCACCUACGUCAGUGGGGCUCACAUCAUCAUACCCGGGGCAGCAGCUGCCCUCUUGGGAAGCCACAGCCUCCAAGGUCUAAGUGGUUCUCUCCCCCUGUCUCCUCUCAGCCCCAGACCGCUGGACCUCAGUACCCUGGGUUGCCCGAGCUCCCCUCCUGCCGGGCUUGGGGGUACCCCAAUCCUGUCCUUCAACGGCUCCCCUCUGGGCCUGACCAAAUCGCCUCUGCUCUCUCCUGCCUUCUCCUCCUCCGCCCUGGGGCUACCUAUGGUUCCUGUGCUGGGCUCAGAGCGCAGGGGCCACAGCAAGGGCAAGGCCAGGGGGGAGGAGGGCGAGGACGAGCUCUCCGGGGGCGUCCUCAACCUCUCCACCGGGGCGUCCCAUGACCCCCUGUCCUGGGUCGUCAUCCCCUCUGGCCCAGUGGUGUUGAAGCCAGCUGUGGUCAACUGAGACCUACAUUCCAGAGGAGAGCCGGAGGCGUGUGGGGGAGGGAGGGCAGCAAAGUGGGGGUCAGAUGUGAGUGGCAGGCCUACAGGGUUCUUUUUUUUUUUCCUUCCCCCCCACUCCCCUCAUAAAUCAAAACCCAUCUGAGCUGCUCUCAAAAAAAAAACAAAAAAACACACUAACGUCCUCCACCUCUGACACCGCACUUCACAACAAUUUGUAACUCAUACUUUCAGAAUUUGACCACAUUUUUCUACUCCUAUUGGCAAUUACAACCCACAAGUCAUCAAAGAGAGAAGCUACACCCAUGUGUCAAAUGAAGAGUUUGGAAAAGCAGUGCG